UGUUUCAGAAUGACGAAAGUCUCAUUCGGUAUUUCCUGUGCAAGAAAGUCAAAUAUAUUUGGGAUCCGGAGCGAUUUCAGUUCAUUCCUCUAAGAGGCUUAGAUGAAGGUUACAGAUUAUCAUAUUUUCAUAACACUAAAGGCCUUAGUACAAAAGAUCAAGCCAAACGUCGUGUCCUGUACGGGAUGAACUCAAUUGCUGUCCAUGUAACACCAAUUUUGGUAUUAUUAUUUCAGCAGUUGCUGUCACCAUUUUACAUCUUCCAACUGUUCUCCAUGACCAUCUGGUACAUCGAUGGCUACCGAGUUUAUGCCAGUUGUAUUUUUGUAAUGACCAGCUUGUCCAUCGCGGUGACUAUUUACCAGUCCAGAAAGUUUGAAAGAGCUCUGAGGAAUACAAUCACUUCAUCGACAGUCACUACAGUGUGUAGAGGGGAUGGUGUGUAUAUGGAUAUCCCAUCCGAAGACCUAGUUCCUGGUGAUGUCAUCGAGAUUCCACGGCACGGUUGUGACAUGCAGUGUGACGCCGUGCUCGUCACAGGAAAUUGUAUUGUUAAUGAGAGCAUGUUGACUGGUGAAAGUGUACCUGUCACUAAGACCCCUCUGCCGAACCCGACUGGACUCAAGGAGGAACACGACCCAGAGCUCAGCAUGAAGAAUCAUUCCAGACACAUUCUCUUUUGUGGCACACAUGUCAUACAAACCAGGUUUUAUGGCAACCAGAAGGUCAGGGCUGUCGUGUUACGAACAGGUUUCUCAACUUCAAAGGGAGAAUUGGUUCGGUCAAUCUUGUUCCCAAAACCUGUCAACUUCAAAUUUGAACGACAUUCCUACUAUUUCAUCAUGGUCCUGGCAUGUCUGGCUGGACUGGGUUUCAUCUACACUGUCAUCCUAAUGGUGAGGAAUGGCGACCACGCCGGCCACAUCAUCAUUAGAUCCCUGGACCUGAUCACCAUUGCUGUACCCCCUGCUCUACCUGCAGCCCUGGCUGUCGGUGUGGUCUUUUCCCAGAGCAGGUUGAAGAAGCAGAACAUCUACUGCAUCAGUCCUCAGGGCAUCAGCAUCAGUGGCACAAUCAACACGUGCUGCUUUGAUAAGACGGGGACCCUGACGGAGGAUGGACUUGAUAUGCAUGGUGUUGUCCGCGUGGAAAGGUCAAAAUUUGAACCAAUCAUCAAAGACAUGGAUGACCUCACUCAAGACCCCCUCAUGACCUGCAUGGCGACCUGUCACUCACUGACCAUCAUUGACGGGGUCAUGGUCGGCGACCCCCUGGAUCUGAUCAUGUUCAAAGCAACUAAAUGGGUCCUUGAAGAACCAGGCCCGGACGAGACCCGAUUUGACAUGAUGACUCCAACAGUUGUUCGCCCCAAGAACACAUCAUUUUCUAAUGGACAAGCCAUUGACGAUGCGUUGUCUGGUGGGGACGUUGGUAUUGUCCGUCAGUUUCCAUUCUCGUCCAGUCUUCAAAGGAUGUCGGUGAUCACACGGUCGCUUGGAGCCAGCAACUUUGAUCUGUUUGUGAAAGGGUCUCCAGAAAUGAUCUUUAGUCUUUCUAGGCCUGACACUGUUCCGUUUGACUUCCAGCAAGUACUCCAGUCUUACACUCAGCAUGGAUACAGAGUGAUUGCCCUUGCCUGGAAGCCAUUACCUGCUAAACUCAACUAUGUCAAAGUUCAGAGGGUCAACAGGGACCUGCUAGAGACUGACCUCAUCUUCCUGGGCUUGUUAGUCAUGGAGAAUCGACUGAAGCCGCAGUCAGCUCCAGUCAUCAGUCAGCUGAUCGAUGCCAACAUCCGAACCAUCAUGGUUACUGGCGACAAUAUGCUGACCGCUCUAAGUGUUGCCCGGGAGUGUCAGAUGGUGGACAAGACUGACCGCAUCAUCCUUGUCCAGGCUUACCCCCCACAGAGUGGACAGACUGAUGUGACACUGGAGUUUAUUUAUGCCGAGGAUAGCUAUGCCAAGGUUGAGGAAGUGUUUGCAAUGAACCAAAAGAUACAGAUUGAUGAAGACAGCCAGAGAUUCCACUUUGCACUGACAGGGAAGACGUGGGCAGUCAUACGCCAGCACUGGGCAGUCUUUGCCCGAAUGGCUCCAGAGCAGAAGGGUCAGCUUGUUGAGGUUCUGCAGGAUGUUGGGUACUACGUGGGGAUGUGUGGAGAUGGAGCCAACGACUGUGGUGCCUUGAAGACUGCACAUAUGGGCAUUUCCUUGUCAGAGACUGAAGCGUCAGUGGCCUCCCCUUUCACCUCCAAAACCCCAACGAUCGAAUGUGUGCCAAAGGUCAUUAAAGAAGGCCGAGCUGCCCUAGUGACCUCCUUUGGUGUCUUCAAGUACAUGGCGUGCUACAGCCUGACACAGUUUACCUCCGUCCUGAUACUUUACUGGCUUGGAGCAAAUGUGACAGACGUGGAGUUUCUCUACAUGGAUCUGGUUCUAAUCACAACCUUCAGCAUCACCUUUAGCAGAACUGCCCCAUAUGAUGAACUGGUCAAGCAACGGCCGCUGGUCAGCCUGGUCAGCCCUGGGCCAAUUUUGAGCAUCAUCACACAAAUGAUGCUGGUCAUUGCUGCUCAGACUUUCAUGUUUUUCAAUGUUAAAGAGCAACCUUGGUUUGUCCCGUACAAGGAGAACCCUGAAGGUAACUACCAGUGCCACGAAAACACCGCUGUGUUCCUCAUCUCCGCCUAUCAGGUCAUCAUCCUUGCCGUUGUCUUCUCAAAGGGGGCCCCGUUCCGGAAGUCGAUAUUCUCAAACUGGCUCUUUAUGGGCAAUAUCGUUGUAGGUCUGGCAAUGAAUAUUUGGAUCACAUUGUACCCGACUGACCCCAUUGCAAAUUUGAUUGGGUUAGAGGUCUUUCCGUCAUUAAAAUACCGAGCCUUGUUCCUUGGUGUGGCAUUUAUCAACUUUAUCCUUGCCUAUACAACUGAGAAAUUCAUAAUAGACAAUGAAGUUAUUCGCGGUAAAAUUGGGAGCUAUUUGACGCGAUGCUGGCCAUCGCAGGAUUUGGCCUACCACAAGAUUGAAUCAGAAAUUGAGAAGGAUCACUCCUGGCCGCCUGUGUCGGACAAAAAG